AAAAAAAAUUCGAAAACACUAAAAUUGUCUUUGUAUUUUAUUUAUUUUUUUCUUUCUGUUUUCUAUAAUAGCGUGCGAGCGAGGAAGCGAACCCCUUCUUCUUCUUCUUCUUCUUCUUCAGCGUUAGUGGUUUUCUCUCAAAUUCGGAAUUUCAGAAGGAAAAUAAAGAUACAAACUUUUUUGUUUUUUUCUCUCCCUGUAGCUCUAUUUCUCUGUUUACUGUUUGUGUCUAUAGAAAAAUAUAAAUAGAGAGUUAGUGGAAUAGCAGUGGUUAUUUGGAAGAAAGGAGGAGGAGGAAGAAGAAGUAGAAAGUAGAGUAAUAAAGAGAAGGAUGCAAAGGAGGAAGAAGAUGAAGCAGUGCUUCACCUUCUUCUUCUUCUCAUCCUCUUGAUUUUAUAUGGCCUCUUCUCAGCACCGUUGCGUUUUUGUUGGAAAUAUACCAUAUGAUGCCACCGAGGAGCAGCUUAUAGAAAUCUGCCAGGAGGUUGGGCCUGUUGUAUCUUUCAGAUUAGUUAUUGAUAGGGAGACUGGAAAGCCAAAAGGUUAUGGAUUUUGUGAAUAUAAGGAUGAAGAGACGGCGCUAAGUGCUCGGCGUAACCUUCAGGGUUAUGAGAUCAAUGGCCGGCAGCUAAGGGUUGACUUUGCCGAAAAUGAUAAAGGUGCUGAUAGAACUCGAGACCAGGGACGGGGUGGACCUGGACUUUCUGCAAAUGUUGACCCUCAAAAACAAGUGGGUGGCCCAGCGACUCAUGGGGAAUCUGGUCAGCAUCAGCCAAUCGGACUUCAUAUAGCAAUAACUGCUGCAGCUGUCAUGGCAGGAGCUCUAGGUGGUGUUCAGCAGUCAAAUCAAAUUGGCUUGCAGGGUCAGUCUGCAUUGGCAAAUGACCCUUUAACUCUACAUCUGGCCAAAAUGUCUAGAAGUCAGCUAAAUGAAAUAAUGUCUGAGCUCAAGGCAAUGGCUACGCAAAAUAAGGAACUAGCUCGUCAGCUAUUGCUUGAUAAGCCACAGUUGCCAAAAGCACUUUUUCAGGCGCAGAUCAUGCUAGGAAUGGUGUCGCCACAGAUGUUGCAGAUGCCGAAUAUUAGGCAAGCUUCGGGUCGAUCCUCACAGCCUCCACUACAUGAUGGGCGGCCAGGUCAACUGUCUGCUGUUCAAAUUCAUCCUGGGCUACCCCCUCCAGCACAGAGUAAACUGCAGUCUGGUUUGAUGCCCAAAUUACAAGAAAGUCAAGUUUCUACUGUGCCUCAAAAUUCUUUGGUUCAUAAUCAGUUUUCUGCAUCUCCACAACCUCCUAUGCAGCCUCAAAUUCAGCUUCCAAUACAUGCAAAUCACCAUGCUUUACAACCAGCCACAUUGUCAGGGCAGUCUGUGGUUUCAACUCUUCCUCCCAUACAGCCUCAGUCAACAAGCAGUUUGUCCGUUCGGCCACAAAUUCAGGUGGCAAAUGCCUCUUCUUCGAACCAGCAAAUGCCCCAUUUACCAAAAUACCCAGGCCAGGUGGGAACUGUAAAUUUGGGGCUCAGUUCUCAGAUGGUUCAUACAAAUGCCACCUUGAAAUCUUCUCUUGUACCUCGUCCUACUUUGUCAGAUGCAGGAUAUCAGCCUGGCCCCUCAAUAUCAUCAGGUAUUUUGCAAACAAUUAACAGGGAUGCCGAUAGGCCAGCUCAAGUUGCUGAAAAUACAACUUGGGCCCACAGAAUUAACACACAUCCAAAUAUGCCUCUGGGGUUAGCUAAGCAAACAAGCAUGGUUUCUGAUCCUUUGCAAUCGAUUAAUCACCCUGCAAAAAUGAGAAAGCUGGAUGAUGGAAGGAACUCCUCUUACUCAGGGGCAAAUUUGAAUGUGUCUAAUGUUAAUGGAGCUGCAACGUCCCAAGUAUUUGGAACUGGCUCAUUGCCUGGAAACACUGCUCCUAAGCCAGAAGAAGUGCAUUCUGAAAAGCAAAUAUCUCAGCCGCAGCCUCCAUUGGACGUGGAGUCUACCCUACUGCAACAAGUUCUGAGCCUAACACCUGAGCAGUUGAGUUCACUGCCACCAGCACAACAAGAAGAAGUGUUACAGCUCCAAAAGAUGCUUCGGCGGGAGCAGAUUCAGCCAUCUUAGCAUGUAGUCACGCAAGAACAUUCUUUAGUCGGUCAGAAAACAACCCAACGUACAGCGUUGCAGGCUUCAAUCUGUUCUUUGGAAGAACGAAGCUUACUAUUCUUUCAAUCCAUUCCAAUUGCUUGUAAAAUUAAUGUUAAGAAAUGAUCCAAAUAAGGAUCUGAAAUAUGAGCACCAUUGUGUUCAUUUUAGUGUUUACGAGUAUGUGAUUAGCGUAGUCGGAUAAAUGGGUUAGAGGAAUAGGAAAAUUUUGUGCGAUCCACUUCUUUGUUGUGACAUUUAAAAUUUCUUCUCAUAGGAUUUUUCUUAGAAUCAUCACUUUGGGAAAUCAUCUUUUGUUUAUCCUUUUUUGACUCCUACAAUGUCUUAUUUGUGUGAGAUAAAAUAAAACGAGACUGCAGAUUUCUCUUA